GGUAGGCAGGCGCUGUGUCUCAUCCUCAGGCACUGCUCUUCUCAGCUAAGUGCGUUAAUACCCAUUGGUUUCACUUCGGUAAUGCACCAAGCUGUGCACUGGGAAGAGCUUUGCUUCAUGAUCUCUCUUGGAUUUAUAUGUGGCAGUUGAGGUAAUUGCCAGUAGUUUUAAUCUCUUUAAUCACUGCUGCUAAAUCCAAUAAGAGUCAUGGACUGGGUCACACAGAAGUUAUUUUGGAGUGUCCAUUUGCCACUGACUUAACAUGGCAGGAAAAUAACAACAGUUUUAAAUUAUGCUUAAAGUAGAUACGAGCAGAAGAUAUCUCUAAAACAAACUACUACUGAGGCUGUUCUACAGGGGGGAUUAAGCAUACAGUUUAAGUAUGAAGAGCAGGAAAUUAUUUUCUUCUGCACACUUGAAAGGAAAAAAAAUGUGAGGUUUACUACCUGCUGAAGACAAACAUUUCUCUGGAGCACUUAGAGAAAGGUUGCUGGUAUGAACCACCUUGGCUAAGACUCUUUAAGCCCUUGGAUAAUUGAAGAAAGUAACAAUUGUAGCAUGUAUUUAGAACAAGACCACCUCUUCUUCUAAAAAGAACCUCAGAAAGCACCUGAAAGGAAGCCUGAGAUACCUCUAGGCAGUGUGGAGCCAAUGUCCAUUUGCUUCCAGACCCCAUGGCAAAGCAGAGAGGAAUGAACUAAAUAGUCACAGAUUCUAUAAUUUACGAAACGAUCAAAAAGAUCUAAGAAAUAUUUUCGCGGAUAUGAUAUAUACAUGUGACAUAUUUAUCUGUUUCCAUUACUAGAAAAUAAAUAUUUUUAGCUCAUUUCCAUUUAGCUUGAGUUUCAAAGCAUGAAUUUUAAAACCAAAUCAGUUAUCUUAAACAGUUUUUAAAGUUUCCGAAUUUGGUUUUUCAGAAGUUUUUUGUAUCUUUGUGGGCGCAUAUUCUCUUAUUAAUAUAUUUAUUGAGAUGAAGCUCCAAAACAUAAAGGCUGUUUUUAACUUAAGAGGGUUGAUUUGUUCAGGAAGGUAGAUUUGGCCCUAGUUUAUUUUCUAUAAAAUUGAUUUAAAGUUUGAACUGCUCUUAAAAGCUGGAGGAAGAACCUGUGAAAAGACCGUAGUUCUGGGGGGAAAAAAAGGCACAAGCAUAUCUUUCUUUGUAGUGUGGAACUGACCAAACAGAGUUUCUAUUAAAACAAAACAUUACAUUGUUAGGCACCCUAAUUAUUCUGGAAGUAAUGCUGGCAGCUUGUUAUUUAGACGUGUACUCUUCAUUCUUUGAACUUCUGUUAUAGGUGGCUUAACUGAAAGUGCUCACCUGAUUCUUUAAGCAAUGUUUGAGCAAAUGAGUAAUUACUAUUAUUUCAGUAAGAUGGCUUAAAGUUUAGGCUUGUGUUUGAUUCUCUGAAUUUAAUUUGCUGUCUGCUACUUAUGUACCUAACUCCAUUCCUGUUUCAAAGGGCUAAAUGCCUUAAGCAUCUGAAAAAAUUAUCUGGUUAAGUGUGUAUUGAACUGGCUAUGUGUAAGUGCAUACUUAAAUUAGGCAUAUGCUUAUGUACGUUGCUGGCCAAGGAUCAAAAAGAGAGUGCAGACACACCAUUUUAGGAGCUGUUUUUGUGACUGAAUUUACUGGAUCCACAUGUGUAGAUUCUAUGGAAACCUCCAUGAGGAUGCGAUUAAUUGCAAGAAGCUGGCUGUUCAUGAAAACGUCUGGUAGUUAAUGGUCUAGUUCAUCAAUCAUCUGAAGGCACUUCAGUACUUUGAUUUUCAGAAGAACUGGUAUAUAACUGUAUGCCUAAUUUGCAUGCACAGUUACUAGAACUGUAUAUUUGAAAGCCUGUUUAGUUAGCUAUGAGGUAGGCAGGAUAUGCAGUGAAGUACCCGAUUCUUGUGAGCAGUCAGGCAGAUCAGGUGCACCUCUCCUUGCAUGCCUGACUUCAUAAUGAGUGCUGAACAUUGCGAUGACUCAGAUUCAUGCAUGUGUUUUAAAAAGCCCUGGAAGACGUUAUUGCACAUUUAAUUCUUGAGUGCUAAUUAUUUUCCUAUUUUUCUCCUUUAGAUAGAAAAGUCAAGUGGUUUGUUACAUGUUAAGGAGCAAGGUGCCUCAAAACUAAACAUAAAUAAAAUAAUGUAAAUAGGAGGCAUGAGAGAAAAAUGGGUACUGUUAUUUUAUCUUUUCUAUUCCAUAUAUGCUACACAUAAAUUUAUUUUCAUUUAGAUUUGUUUUGUUCUUUGGUCACAUCCAGUUGUAACCCAGUCUUUGCUGCAGAUCUGUAGUACUGAUUUGCAAUACUUUUUUCGUCGGUUUUUUUUUAAAGUAGUACAAUUCCUGUAGGAUUUAUUGAAACUCACAUAGUUAAAACUACACAGUGUUUUUAAACUUACCUAGUAUUUUGUAUAUAUUGAAGUUAGAGAUUAACAGAUAAAACAUGGACUGUUUUAUUCAAUAGAUACUUUGACUAUUAAAAAAAAUGCUUAAACAAAAGCUUUGUCAAAAUGCAUGUGGUAAUAACAAAGGGCUCAGUAGUUAGCAUGUAUACAGUUAUGCCAGGAGUUUUGAAAACAUGAUAACUGAUACCUGGUAUAAGGAGAAGUUGCUGCUGUAGUUUUUCUUUGGCGUAUUUAGUGUUUGUACUAGUUCAGACCCCUUGGCAUUUCAAAUCUAGUAGACGCAUUUAAUUGUUUUAUCUAUUACAUUACUAUUAAUCUAUUACAGCUUUUAAUUUUUGAAGACUUUAUGGGGUUAAUUUAGCAUUCUUAUUAUAAAUAAAUUUGAAUGAAACCUGUGUUUAGGACAGAUUGGUUAUUAUUUAAACCAUAAGCAUGACAGGGAGAGUAUAAUCUGGUUGAAAUGGUACAAAAUACAUAGUUCAGGCAAAUAUGGAUUGCUUAGGUGAUCAGUUAGGAUUUUCUUCAUCCUCAUUAAAUUUACAGCUAAUUCAUGAAAGUUUCAGAUAAACUGAGAUGACUUAGAAUGUAAGACAGUACAAAUCUAGAUUUUUCUUCCUUCCAAUGCCCCCGAUUUCACUUGCAAUGUGUAUUGAAUCACGGUAGCUUUUAUUUAAUUUUUAGUUAUUUUUACAUCAGAAGUAGGUAACAUCAAAGUAGAGAAAAAAGCACAAAUUUCAAUUAGCUCAUACAUGUUUUUUCUUUUUUUUUUUUUCUUUUACUGAUUUGGUUAUUUGCCAUUUCUGGGGAUUAAACUUUAAAAAAUGUUCUUCUUUUCUGUAUCUGAUGUUCUGUGUGCUAUUAGUGAUGCAGCCAACACGAACGGUUGUCAUGUGUAAAACAACUUUCGAUCACCGUGAAAGCACCGCCCUGGGAAAGCGUCCAUGCUUGAUAUCGUUUGGUUCAUGAACAUUAAGUUUCCAGUACAGGUAAAAUCCCAGAUGAAGCCAAAGCCCUUUCUCUAUUGGCGCCUGCUCCUACUAUGACAAGCCUGAUGCCUGGUGCAGGGUUGCUUCCAAUACCUACACCAACACCUUUAACAACACUUGGUGUUUCACUUGGCACUCUGGGAGCAAUACCAGCAGCAGCAUUGGACCCUAACAUUACUGCACUGGGAGAAAUACCCCAGCCACCAAUAAUGGGGAAUGUGGACCCAUCCAAAAUUGAUGAAAUCAGGAGAACAGUAUAUGUUGGAAAUUUGAAUUCACAGACCACAACAGCUGAUCAGCUGCUUGAAUUCUUUAAGCAAGUUGGAGAAGUCAAAUUUGUGCGAAUGGCAGGUGAUGAGACUCAGCCAACACGAUUUGCUUUUGUGGAAUUUGCAGACCAGAAUUCUGUACCUCGAGCUCUUGCCUUUAACGGAGUUAUGUUUGGAGACAGGCCACUGAAAAUAAAUCACUCCAAUAAUGCAAUAGUGAAGCCUCCUGAAAUGACACCACAGGCUGCUGCCAAGGAACUGGAAGAAGUGAUGAAGAGAGUAAGGGAAGCUCAGUCUUUCAUAUCUGCUGCUAUUGAGCCAGAGUCUGGAAAGAGCAGUGAAAGAAAAGGCGGUCGAUCUCGUUCCCAUUCUCGUUCAGAAUCCAGGUCUAGCUCAAAAUCCCGAUCUAGAAGGAAAAGAUCACAUUCAAAACACAGAAGUCGGUCUGGCAACAGAUCACUUUCAAGACACAAGGACAGGCGCAGAUCCAGAAGUCCCCUGAAAAAACGAUCUAGAUCAAGGGAAAGGCGGAAAUCAAGAAGUCGGUCUCGUUCUCGGGACAAGAAAAGAGACAAAGAAAAGGUCAAGGAAAAAGAAAAGACCAAAGAAAAGGAGAGAGACCGAGACAAGGAGAAGGAAAGAGACCGGGAUAGAGACAAAGAAAGGGAAAGAGAGAGAGAGAAAGAGAGAAACAGGGAUAAGGACAGGGAGAAAGACAAAGAUCGAAACAAAGAUCGAGAGAGAGUCAAAGAUAGGGAUAGAGACAGGGACAAGGAAAGGGAAAAGGAGAAAGAUGAGAAGGAAAAAGACAGGGAAGAUGUAGAUCAGAACAAGGAAAAAGAUGAUGACAGAGAUGGGGAGAGGGAUAGAGAGAAGAUGAAGGAUAGGGAGGGAGAUAAGGACAAGGGAGGGGACAAAGAGAAAGACAGAGAAAAAGAAAAGGAAAAAGAUGGGGAUAAGGAGAGGGAGCGAGAAAAAGAGAGAGAUGAUAAAAAGAAGAAAGAUAAGAGAUCCAGAACUCCCCCAAGAAGCUAUAGCUCUUCAAGAAGAUCGCGUAGCUCCAGCAGAGAAAGGCGCAAGAGGAAGAGUAGAAGUCUUUCCAAGUCUCCUAAAACGUCCAAAGGAACAAAAAGAAAGUCUUCACGAACUCCUUCUCCAAGAAGAAAUAAGAAAGAGAAAAAAAGAGAAAGGGAUACUUGUAAUGAGGGAAGAGAAAGAGAACGUUCCACCUCCAAGAAAAAAAGUAGUAAAGAGAAAGAGGGAAGGGAGAAAUCUGACAAAAGCACCACUACUUUGAAGGACAAAGAUCACGCUAAGGAGGAUCAGAAUUCAGAAACUGACAAAGAUGUUGACAACAGAGAUACGCAAAGGACAGAUGAAGUCAAACUUCAGCAGAAUGGAAACUGUCAACCAAACGAAGAUAACCUCUCAAUUAAAAUGGAAGAGGUUUAAAGCAAAGAAUCAACCUCUGUCUCAACUAAGGAAUGAAAUCCAAAGCUUCUUAUUUCCCAGAAUGAGGAAGAAAAUGUCAAAGCAAUCAACCUGACCAUGUUGAUAGUACUAGUAGCUCUUCCAAUUCUUGUGAUAGCUUUGUUGUCUUCUUGCUGUAAAGCAGGAAAGCACGGACCAGUAGUUAUACCAUGAAAAAGCAUAUGCCAUCAGAACUAUUCAUCUCUGAAACUCCACACAUUUCCAUGAUGGCUGUACUUAUAGGUAAAAUGAUUUAUGUUAAGUUUUGCCAUAGGUUGUUAAAUAGAAACUGAAAAAAGUAAACCUUUACGACCCCUAAAAAAAGAAAGGAAAAAAAAAAGCUUAAGAUAAACAUUGAAGGUUGUUUUAAAAUGUUGCUUGUUGAUGAAUUUUGUGUUAUUUUACUUUGUGGGUUAAAAAGUCCACAGAAACUUCAGUGUGUACUUUUUUAUGUGCUUGGAAAUGGUGCAUAAAUAUACACACUUUCUUUUGGUGUAAAUGACAACUGUUGGAAGUUUUUAUGGUUCUUAUGAUAUAUGCCCAAUGACCAGUAUGUUCUUCAUUUGCUCACUGCUUGAGGUUUGUGGGUUUUAUUAUUUAAAAUUAUAAUAUCCCUAACUCAGUAUUUGCUUAAAGUAUUUGAACAAUGCAUGCUACUUUUCUGUUCCUAAAAGGAACAUUGCCAUGUAUGAUGAUAAUAGGUUAGCUUAUUGAGUUACUUUCAGGUUGUUUUGUUUUGUUGUUUUCUUCUGUUCCAGAAUUGAGCACAUCUGUAUAUUAAGAGAACUUAACAGCUUUGUUUUUUGAUGUGUACUGCAGUGUGUCUGUUCAGCUGCAAAUGGUACAGGUGCCAUUAUGAAAAUAAAUUUUUUCUUACUUGUUUAAAAAAUUUGAGAGCACAAGCAUAUAAGCUUUAGUGCCUUCUUAAAACGUGGUAUUUUCUAGAAAUAUAUAUGUGCUGUUACUCAUUUUCAGCUAAGUCUUGCAUCAUCUCUAUUGCUGUUUUGCCACCACCAUACUACAGACAAGAAUGCAAGUGAUUUUUCAGAAUGGAUGUUUAGUUCGCUUGUUUAAGUACUACAGGUCCAUUUUUACAUGUAUUUUUUAUUUUCAGAAAAGAUAGAGGAAAAGCAGUGAUGCAUUUUGGGGACCACCACUGUACAAAUAUAGUAGCUGAAUACAAAGUAUUUUCUGAACACCUGCAUCACAGGCAGCCCUUAAGAUGUUCAAUUACAUUUGGAUGGCCUUAACUGUUACCUCUCCAUCAUUUUCUCUGAUACCCAUCAGGUGUUGUAAAAUGAAUUUAAUGCAGAGCUGGGGGUGGAAAAUACUUGGGGAAGAAAUGUUCUAAUUUACAUAGGAGUUAUAUGUUAGAGAAUCUUUUUUCAUUCUUUGGUGAGAAAGCAUGUAAGAAGCAAAUGACAGAGCAGGUAUUUUUUUCAAGUAAAACCAUAGUUUGUGCUCUCUGAACUAAUAUAACCAGUUUCAUUGUCGUGAGAUUUUUUUAAGAGUCAUAUUUACAAACUUACUUACACCUAAAAUCAGGUAGAUUAUACACCUUAUUACAAUCAAACGAAUUAAUUGCCUUACCUCAUGGAAGGAGUUUCUUUCAGUUAGAAAUAAAAAAAGGCUGAAUAGAUUAUUAGCAGUUUGCUUUCAAUUUCCCUUUCUUUUGCAUAGUUAAUUCUUACGAAAAUAAUUUUAAAAAAUCAUAAUACAGGGAAUGAAAAAUUUGUCCAGUUCCUAAGGCAAUGAAACCUAGUUUGAUUGUGAAGCUGCUUAAUCACUCUUCAUUUGUAAUAGGAUUUAGUGUUCUUCCCGCUUGUACAUUUAAGACUACAGAAAAUGCUUUACCAUGUAAAGUAUAGACAGCCAUUUUUGUGAUUUUUUUAAGCCACGUGCUGUUGGUUGGUUAACAGCUUACUCUGAUAAAAGUAUGGCAAAUCUGUAUGCUUAAAGAAAGGUUGUGAAGGAUUGUGUCUUGGAGCAACAGCUGUCUUAUUUAUGAUGUGUAAGUAGCAUAGAGCAAAGAGGUUGUUUGUAUACUUGUUAUCUUUGUUACCAUUUCACUAAUAAAAUUAAGUAUUUUAGAGGGAAGUUUCUGCUGUUACACGCUUAUUAAAGAAACGUUUUUAGUUGGUCAUCAGGUCUUAUUCAGGCAGCUUCAUUUGGUUUGAAAUGUGGAUACAAGUUAAAAUAAACCUGUAUUAUUUAUAAUAUCUUUGAAAAGAUAAGUUACUCCUUCUCUGGGAGAAAUUAGAAUUUUCGUAGUGUAUCAUGUUUCAGUUCAUCCUAGUUUGAUUUUCUUAGUUUUGUUGUCCUGAAUUCGCAUAGUUCAGAAUGUGUUGAUGAUUGCACACAGUUAGUGAAGAAAAAUGACUUAGAAAAUUCAUAGGUAACAAGGGCAGCAUUACUAGCUAAUAUAUUAUAUAUAUGCAGCAUAUUUAGAUUGUAUGUGAAUUAAUAGUCCCUUUAAACAAAGUUUUGAGAAAGGAGGUAAAAAAAAAAAAAAAGAACAUACACCAAAUACACACAUUUCCUCCUCACCCCAAACUGUGUUUACUUACAAAUACUGUAUUUUCUGUUUUGCCUUGUAAUACUGUGUAGUUCUGUGAGGAUAGUUUUAUCUCUUCGUAUUAGGUGUUUAAUGGUUCCCUUCUUUGUUUAAAAAAAAAAUAAUAAUAAAAAAAUGCCACCAUUAGGUGAUAAAUGUUUUGUAGAACAUCCAUCACCACAGAGGGCAGAUCAUUUUUUAAACUAGUACUGGAAUACAGUAGUAAAGUUCCUGCUUGCUCUGCCACGUUUGUGUGCUUGACCCAUUAAAUGUGUCUGUCUUCCAAUGGGAAGUCCAUGCCUUCAUCAUCAUGCAUUUGCAUGCUGAGCUGCUGUGUCAGGUAGUUUGCUUCUGCACUUCUGUGAGUUGAUAAAACUGAGUGAUGGUUUUGAGAACAGCGUAGUUUGUGGCAGCUAUAUUAUUUUAGAUGUAAUUUCAUUUAACUUGGCCUUUGGGUUCUGCCUACACAUUAGUUGCCUGCUAUUUUUUAUUUUUGUUAUGUCAGUUUCUGAUAGGUACAACUGAAUUAGCUUCAGUUAACCAGGUGGCUAAUAGCAUCAACCUGGGCACAACUUGGUUUCUGAAAUGAGUUGACCAUUUGAGUGGUUUACUCCUCUGCUGAAGUAAAUUCUGCGGUCUGUGUCAUGCUCUGUGUUGCUUGCAAUUUGUUUGCUGGUGUUUUCCAGCUUAGGUAUGUGUAAGGCAAUAAAUUUAAUUUUGAAUUCUGCAGAUCUGUUUGUUAAUGGUAGCUUCUCUGUUUUGCCUUCAGUUUGUAAUAGUAAUUACAUUUAGGAAUUUCUGUGAUACUCUUUUGGUCUAAUGGAGAUAAAAAAAAGUAAAGGCUGCCUUGUAUGACACAAAUUCUUACCUGCUGCAUACAAGUCUCUGUUACUAUUUUCAGUUACUCUAUUUAACAUUAUAACCACUGAAAGCAGUAAAGCCAUAGUGGUAUGUAUAUUCAUUAUUCUUAAAACUGAAGCAUCUCUGUAUCACUCUCUUUUUGUAAGUUUGUAAUGAAACAUGCAUUCUAAUUUUGCAAGCCAUUCACUUCAAGGAAAAAAUAAAAGACAAAUCAUCUUGUUUCAGUGUGAAAAUGGAAUUCUAAGAGUAAAACAGUUUCUAAGUACAAAAGUUCCGCACAGUGAAGUACUGCAAAUUGGGGCACGUUACGGAUCCAAUUUGACACCUGAUGAUACUUCAGGUUUGAUAUGAAUGAAUUACUGUUUUUGGUGUCAUUAUUUUAAAAGCAAGGUUUGGAUGUAGUGACACAAAUACUGAGCAUUUAGGUGGCUGUAAGUGGCUAUAAUAAUGUAAACCUGUAGAUGCUUAGUUCAGAGAGAUCUAGUUUUCUCACCAGCGGAUAGAGUGUGGAUAGGUGAAAUUCAUAGGUAUUCUUAGUGUUAUUACAACCUGAAAUUUGAUUUUGUUUGCUGAUGUCUAAACAGAAAAGUUUCCAACCUGUAUGUGAAGUUUAUUUUUUAUACGGUGAAAAGUGUAAUGAAAGUAAUACUGAAAGCAUUGUAUAAAAGGGAUUUCUUUGGCCUAAUGGUAGAUAAAUUCACUUGUGUUUAAUUUUAAACUCCUUGACAAUGUCUCUGUAUGUAGUAUUUAUUUUCAAUUGAAAUUCAAGAAUGCUUCAUAUAUAGGUAAGCCACAUCAUGGGAUCUGAGCACAUUAGUAUGGAUUUUCUCAGUAGUCACUUCAGUAUAAAACAGCUUGAGAAAGUUGUCUGGGAAUACAUGCAGACAGCUCCUUUGCCUGCUGUCUGAGAGCAGUUCUCUUAAGGCUUCAGUUCUGUACUUUGUGAGUAAGUAAAACCAUUGAGGAAUCCAUGAAUUCCAGUUUUCAAGAUGUUUUCUGAAACCAAGAACCUUAUUAUCCAAGAAGGCCUAAGAAAAAUCUGUCAUAGCCAUUUUACAAUUUUUGAGAUUAGUACAGGAGGGCACUGAAGUAAAAACGAGAUUUUAGCUGUUUAUUUUCUUCUGGAGAGCUGCAGUUUACACUUCAUUUAGAUUCACUGCAUUUAUUUUUUUUUUUACUAUAAGAUAAACAAGUGCCAAACUUGAUGCAAGGCUUAAGAUUGGAGUACAAAAUAUAUUCUGUACUAACUGUGCAAAGAUUUUUCUUCUCAUGCAGAGGUUACCUGUCUUUCUUGGUCAGAAAGACUUUUUAUCAGCAAUGGAAAAAGUCAUGUAAUCGUACUGUCACUCAGUCCUUUAUGUCCCUAGCUGACAGUUAAGUAGCUCUUACAAUGCAGAUAUUAGUGCGCUAGGUAGAAAAUCUGUAACAAUUCCUAGAGGAUAUUUUAAUCUAAUAACUAUAGUAGUAUUUUAGUUUUGAACUAUUGAGAAGGUUAAUACAUUGAUAUAAUAACACAGAUCUGCUUUAGCAGUUCUGUUUUUAUUUACGGUAGAAUUAUGCAAAUGUACUUUUUGUGUUCUUUGAUAGCUAAAUGUCAAAUGUAUUUAGGGAGUGAUAAGGGGAUAAAGGAAGCAAGCAGAUUUCUUAGAAGAGUAAGUUGCUGUACUAAGUAAAACCUUUAGCACAAAGAUUUAAAACUGCUGAUGGGUAAAUCAUGGUCUACUUAGAAGCUAGUGCUUCAUAAAUGCAUAAUUUUCAUAAUAAUUUAAUCAAAGGAGUGAAUGAUCUGCUCUAGGAACAUCAAGAGAGAGGAAUUUAACUUGCAGAGUUAAUGUAGCUUAUCAGUAGAUCAUUUCUGGUGUUUUUCUCAGUGAUACAGGAGCCGUGGUAAGUUUGUUUUACACAGCACGAAUCACAACCUGUGCUUGGGGAUCCUGUGCACUACAGCAGCAAAAAUAUUACUGCCCCUCCUCUAAAUCAGAUGUUUUGUUAGUAAAGGAGGCCUUUUAAGUUUAAUAAAUGUAUAUCCAAGCUUGUUCCGUGUUAGUAGAAUAUAUUUUUGCAUUAUUGAAGCAACUAUGAAAUGGUACAAGUAAAGAAAUGUCAACUGCUGCUAUUACGUUGUUAUUUUUGUGAAUAAACGAUGUCCCAAAGCUUUA